AAAUUACCCCUGCAAACUUCUAUCUCCUCCAGUCCAAAUUCCUCACGAGCAGAGCCGCCGCACAGAGCAGCCAUGGCGGCGGGACGAACCACCCCACACCCGCGCCUCCCUGCCACUCCCCUCCCCCUCUAGCUUUCCUCCGCCCGACCCCCUCCACCACCGCGCGCCGCCCCUCCGCCCUCCGCCCGUCGCGCGCCGCCCUUCGCUCGACGCCCUCUGCCCGCGGUGAGCCGUGGCCGUGUGGCAAAGCUCCGGCACACCUCCACAGGAACCCUCCCUUGGAAAUUCUGAUAUAAACUUGUAAGCUUAUUUUAUUCUUUCUUGGUUUUCCUCUCAGUGAACUGAAAAAGGAAGCUUGGUAUAUGAAGUGCAAUCUUUUUGUGGGAUCUUCCUUCUUUGACUGGUGCCAUCAAUGUAAAGACGGGUUGGCAUUCAUCGUCUAUGCACCGAGCAGUGCCAGGGUUCCUGCACCGAGUUCUUAUAAACAGAAAUCGGCCCCCGGUGUUGUGCCUUUCCUCUCUGGCUUGUUGCUUUAAGAGCUUAGAUUAUCAAGAACCCAGUCGAAGCCCUUUUUGCAGCGAGUAUAGAAGCCGGUGCAUUCAUCCUUUGAUCACACUAGCAGUCCGGACAUCGAAUUUGGAUGAGGCCAGAAAGAUCACCUUCAGGGAGUGUGUCAGGUUAUAUGGGCUAUCCCAGUCAGUUCGGUUGUUUGCAUUGCUUAUGCGGUCAUUCUUGCCGCAUGGAAUCACAGAGAUCCGGUGCUUGAUUCAGAGCAUUGUUGAUUACUGCGGGGAUGCCGGGCCAGAGUUGUUUGAGUUGGCACCUAUGUUGGUCAGCAAUAUGGGUGGGUCGAUGACGUUGGUACAAGUUUAUGCCACAAUCAUGCGGAUUUUUGUAGAUCUGUCAAUGUUUGAGGAUGCUCUUCUCACUUACAUUGAGGCCAAGAAGGUUGGACUUGAGUUGCGAGUUUGCAACUUCUUACUGAAGAGCUUAGUUGAAAAGAAACAAAUCCUGCACGCAAGGAGUUUGUUUGAUGAUAUGAAGAGUUCUGGUCCUUCACCAAAUGUCUACUCUUAUUCAAUUUUGAUGAGUGCGUAUACGCAUGGAGAUAAGUUAUGCUUGGAGGAAGCCUUUGAGCUUCUUUGUGAAAUGGAAACAAAAGGCGUGAGGCCGAAUGCUGUAAUCUUUGGUACUUACCUUUAUGGGCUUUGCCGUGCCAGACAGGUGACAUCUGCAUGGAACUUUCUUCAACUGAUUUGUCAGAAAGGCGACCCUUGCAACAUUUACUGUUUUAAUGCAGUGAUUCAUGGUUUCUGUCAUCAGAAUCAGGUUAAGAAAGCUAUAGAGGUGUUUGAUGUGAUGAAGAAGGGUGGGUUUGUCCCAGAUGCCCAUAGCUACAGCAUAUUACUUGAUGGGUUAUGCAAACAAGGGGAUCUGUUGACAGGCUAUUACAUGCUUGUUGAAAUGGCAAAUAAUGGAAUUGCCCCUACUCUGGCGAGUUACAGUUCGCUUUUGCAUGGUCUUUGCCGAGUUGGAAAUAUUGAAUUGGCAUUUGAGCUUUUUAAGAGGCUCAAAGACCAUGGCGUCAAGCCUGACCACAUUGUGUACAGCAUUGUUCUUCAUGGUUGUUGCCAACAUUUGGAUCUAGACAUUACCUGUGACCUUUGGAAUGACAUGGUUCAUCAUAAUUUUGUUCCAGAUGUCUACAAUUACACUAGUCUGAUAUUUGCAUACUGUAGACAUGGGAACCUUGAAGAAGCAUUGAGGGCAUUUGAGCUCAUGCUCGAUAAUGGGAUAAGUCCCAACAUUGUGACCUGCACAAUUCUUGUCAACGGCUUCUGCAACACUGGGCGGAUUGCUGAAGCCUUCAUAUUCCUGGACAAAGUGCGUCAGUUUGGAAUUGUCCCCAACCUUUGUACAUACAGGGUUAUCAUCAAUGGCCUGUGUAAGGUCAACAAAUCUGAUGAUGUAUGGGGAAUUUUCGGGGAUAUGAUAAAAAGGGGAUAUGUUCCUGAUACUGUGAUUUACAGUAUUAUUAUUGAUGGUUUUGUCAAAGCUUUGGAUCUGCAUGAGGCUUUCAGGUUGUAUCAUAAAAUGGUGGAUGAGGGGACAAAACCUAAUAUCUUUACGUAUACGAGCCUGAUAAAUGGUCUGUGCCAUGAUGAUAGACUUCCGGAAGUUAUGACAUUGUUUAAUCAUAUGAUUGGGAAGGGUAUAAGACCGGACAUGAUUUUAUAUACGUCUCUAAUUGCAUGCUAUUGUAAGCGCUCAAACAUGAAGGCAGCUCUGGAAAUAUUCAGAGAGAUGGAAAAAGGGGGUUUGCCAGCAGAUGCUUUUGUUUAUACUUGUUUAAUUGGUGGCUUCAGUAAAGUGCUUGCAAUGGAUGGUGCAAACAUGUUGAUGGAAGAAAUGAUAAAUAGGGGGCUUACACCUACUGUAGUAACUUAUACAGAUCUCAUAAUAGGAUAUUACAAAACUGGAGAUGAGAGGAAAGCUAAGAUGAUGUACAAGAGUAUGCUCCAGGCAGGCAUUACACCGGAUGCCAAGAUGAUGUGUAUACUGGGCCUUGACAAUUGUGAAGAUGAUUUUGAGGAUUCUCAGAAACAGAAGGGCGUAUUAUAGGUUUUUCAAAUAAAGAUAUAUUAACUUGAUCAACAGACUGAUUUCAUAAUGGCGAUGAGCUCUAAUAAUCAGUCAAGCUGAACCUAGCCCUUUUGAGUUGUUGGUGCUGAUGUACUUCAUUGCUAUUAUGUCCAUGAAGAGAAUGAGAACUUCCAAGGAUGAAGCUAUUUCUUGUUACACGAGUAAGUGUUGAACAUUGCAAUGCUUACUUUGAAUAUGACAAAGAUGAUUGUAUAAAGCCAAUUUGUGUUAUGAAUUGAUAGUUGAGAUGGAGCCAUAUCAGAGAUAAUGAGCAUGCUCGGGAUUUGUUUUCUCCAUAUGACCUUGAAAAGGUUGGGUUCCACUAUCAUUGAGAUAACAAAACAGAAGAACCAACUGUUCACCCAGCACCCAAAGUCCACUCGAAACACUGGCCGUGAUGGCUCAUAGAUGUUGCUCCCAUAGCGGAGAGUCAAAGAGUGCCCUGAACUCUUGAGCGGCGCCAUCGUCCACCGAGAGCUCAGAGGGUGAAAUCCCGAAGGCUUUGAGAAAGACGGGUUCAGCUGCAGAUGUUUUUUUCAGUAACUUGCCUUGAGAAGGUGCAGGGAAACUGAGUCCAUCUCCACGCCAUGCCCUGAAGCAGAGCCAUCUUAUAAGAGCUCUAAGCUCCCAGGGUUCCGAAGGCUUGUGGUUGCUCCACAGGUUUUACAUGUUUGUAGUCGUUCGAUCAAGAUCGGACGAGUGUCAGGCAUACAUUCAGUCGGUUCAGGCUACACGUAAAAGCUUCUGUCCGUUUGGUCCACCCUUGCUUUCCAUCAUCACAAGAAAAAAGAAAAAAGAAGCAAAAUCUUCCGCUCAGUCCACAGAUGGCCACCCCCGCAGGUCUGCCCGCCGGCGCUGCAGCCUCCUCUUCCACUCCCACAGGUCUGGCCGCCGGCAGUCCAGCCUCCUCUUCCGCUCCCCAAGGGAAGGGCGCCACGUCCUCUUCUACCCUCCCCCCUAACUACUGAUUGCCACAACCAUCCAGCCACUCCCGUUUGUGGAGGUAGCGGAGCCGCGCCUGAUCUGUCAAAGACAUAGGCGAGGCCGUGAAAGGCCGUGCUGUUGCCGGAGCCCCGGAUCCACGAGGAUGCGUGACCUAGCGGCAACGCACCGGUGAUAGCGAUCGCAAUCUAUCCAGAGGCAAAGCCUCUCCGGUGCCGACGUCUCUAGCCAAUUUUGGGAACAAGGUCGCGAGGUUGUGCAUCCUUGACUACGCCGGCGACGAUGAGCAGCAAAUGGAUGCUGGGACGGUCUGUCACGGAGAAGAUGAAGGAGCAGUGAAGCGAAGCGAGUAGAAUGGAUGAUGGUACACUAACACCUGGUGAUUGCGGGCUCUUCUUCCACUACCAUGGUGAAGCUGCUGCCGGACACGCUGGUGUACCAAGACAAGUUGGCUUUGUGGACUGGAAAGGAAGGGCAUGGGAAGUAAUUCCGCAGCGUGUGCUUGGUGAACAUCAUGUAUGCCUUCCACGGCGACGAGGCCCACGAUAGCAGCCCCGGUGCAAUAAGUGCUAAGAACUGAGAGGGUGACAAUCCAGCUGCUGGAAGAUCCUCCAAUGGUUGCAAGUAUACAAUUCUCAGUCUGAUGGACUGUCUUCUAUUAUUUGAGAAUUUUAUUGUUGCUUCUUGCGACUAUAGAGGUUAUACUGGAAGUCUGCAUCGCCAUUGCCAUAGGAGGGUAUGCUCCAUCUUUCAUGAGCCUUCCACCCCGAGGUAUGAGUUGUUGAGUAGGCCGUGACAAAUCUACAGGGUUACAAUCAGGUGAUGGUUGAUCCAGUACAUGCUGUUUAGUAUAUUAUUUGAAUCUAGCAAUGGAUGAUUCGGCACAUCAUAUUACUUUGUAAAACAGCUCGGCCAUUUCCUUUUUUGAAACUUUCCUCUCAUUUAUUGGAUGAUUUGUGGCAAGUAUAGAUUGGACAUAACAGAUCUACAUGUUACUAAGCUAAUUAUAGACUGAUAGUUUGUUCCCAGUCAAGCUUUACAUUCUUUACAUUAAUUAUUUUUAAUCUUGAUUUGUUCAAGCAUUUAUUUUUCCAAAACGAUACAUAGCGGUGGAUGUACAUAGAUAGUGACCAAUGAAAUAGUAUGAUACAUCAUACACAACUCAUGUGCUCCUAAGAAGACAAUUAUCUUGACCAGGACAGUGUUGUAACAUCAAAUAAGGCUACAGAGGAAGGGGUGGGAAAAGGAGGAGCCGCUUGAUCGUUUCUGUCGAGCUGUCAUUGAUCUGAUCGGUUGUGAUCGCCUCCAGUGCUCUACUUUCCGGGGCCACAGCCACCAUUGCUGGUUCUACUGUGGGGUGAUCCAUUCUGUGCUGAUGGUACCUCUAAACCCCGUAUGUUGUUUCCUAAUUUUAGCAUCAAUCGAUGGAUGGUAUUUCCUGGUCUUCGUAACUACUAUGUCAUUCAGGUAGAGUGAUUAUGCAGUGCAGAAGCCAUGUGAAAAUCGAUUACUUCCCUUCACAGAUGGAUAUCAUGCAGUGAGCCCCAUAGGAAAUACAACUCUUUGAUUACAUGUAAGAUACAACAUGGUUCAGGCCAUGGGAGUGAUAAUAUGUGUUGUUUUUAUAUGCAUAUUAAGAAUAUUUUCAUAUGAUUUAUGUACAUUGUAAAUUUGUCAUAGACGUUAUCAGUUUGGUCAUGUAAUGUCCAGUGAAGUGCCUAAUUCUUCGGCUUCUCAGUAUAAAUAUCAAGUUUGUACCUUUCAUCCGCUAACACCCUAACAAAACAAUUGCUCGAAAGAAAAAAGACAUCAACAAAACAAUGGGCGCGGCAGAGCGCGCCAGGUUCUUCUAGUUCACACCAUGGAGGAGCAGAGCCAUUCACACCAGGGAGGAGCACCCGUAUCAGGUUGCACUAUCAAAGAGAACGAAACAAACAAACCAACUGUUCACACAGCAUCCAAAUUGCACCCAAAACACUGAUGAAUGCUCCAGUUACCACCAUUUCUUCAAGAUGUUGCAGCAUGUGGAUACAUUCAUGAUUGAUAACAUGUGCCUGCUAUGUUCUAGGUCCAAGUACUUUUUUGUAAAUAAUAUAGCUGAGACUAAUAGUCUAAAUUCCAUGGUACAUGUUGAUUUCUACCUCAUUCCAUUUAAUAGCAGUUGCAGGUUGUCAUGGUGAAUUUAGCGUUCAAUACCGAACUUAAAUAUUCAUAUUCAUUUUGCUACUCCAAAGUGCACCCAAAACACUGAUGAAUGCUCCAGGACCACCAUUUCUUCAAGAUGUUGCAGCAUGUGGAUACAUUCACCCAAAACACUGAUGAAUUCUCCAGAAUAUCUAAUUGGGUUCAUUGAGCAACAAUCUGGAUGGUAGCUCUAAGCCUCUCCCUUAAAACAUUUAUGUCAGAGGCACUGUACACCAAUAACCUCACAUGCGAGGUGAUGUGUCAGUUGUGAUCAUGGGAGUCUGGGAAACGAGUCGAGUUGCCGCGUUCUCAAGGGCUUUUGGUUUGUUGGCUGCGAGCUUCGCAUAAGGGGGUUUUGUAGAGUUGUAUGAAGGUUAAUAUUUAAGAGUACCGUGUUUCAACUACCUUCAACAGAGGGGAUUUUCAGCUCUUCCAUAUUCACUGGUGACCUCGAUUUAUGUUAUAUACAACACAGCACAGAAAGCUAAAUGCAGUGGUUGCAGUGUUUUGCCUACCUUUUUUUUUUUGGAACUGUGGUUACUUGAAGGUAAAAUACACGGUGCAUAAGAGAUUUAGCUAGUGCCAUGACCUGAUUUUGUUAUAAAAAAGAAGAUAUUCAUCAUUCAAGCAGUUCAAAGGCUGAGUGGUUUGAAAAGAAAGGAUGUACAAAGGAAAAUGCGCGGGUAGUUGAUUUGGAUAGCAAACCCAGUUACGACGCUUCCUGGACAAGUACUGGAACUGUGAAUGUCUCUUAUAGUUGAGAGCUUCAGUCCUUCAGGUCUUUCCUGGAUAAUCCCGCCCAUUCUGCUGUGUGCCUGUGUCCAACGGCUGGCCUUGUUGCCCUUCCCAGAGUUCAGAUCCCUGUCACUUCGAGAUUUCCUUGUCCAUUUUGCGGGGAAGCCAUAGGUUGAAGAAGACAAGAUGUCCAAGUCAAGAUGAAAUGCCACCAAUAUUCAAGAGCAGGUCAAUUAUGAAGCAACAAAAGAGUAUCACAUCAGCCAUCUAAAAGGCAGCUGUGUGGCGUUCUAGUUUCACAAGUGUAAAAAGGGUAAUGCUUUGAAACUUGAAGCUCUGGCAAGCUAUACUAGCAUGGUUUUGCCAGCUGAUUUUUAACAAUUCUGUAGACCGUCCUUUC